AUGACCAACUUCAGGAAGGCUUUCUUUGCCGCGCUCGUCAAGAGCUUGCUUCGGGGCAAGUCUCUGAUCCAGGCCAUCAUCGCCUACUGGAUGCAUCCCUCUGCCUCCAACGGUCAAACUGCGCCGCAAAAGAGCCUCCAGGACUUCCUCAAAGAUGCUGAAGCUUGUCUCAUUGGCCCGAUCAGUGGCGAUGGCCUUGUCAAGCUUUCCAGUGACCUGCGGAAACAGUUCUUCGACGGCUUCCAAUCUGACGGAGAAUCCAUGCUACCGUCUUACAGCCAUCAGCUUCCUACCGGCCAAGAGCAUGGCCAAUAUCUGGCCCUCGAUGUUGGUGGAUCGACACUUCGAGUUGCCCUGGUAAAACUAUCAGGCCGUAGCUCCUCCACUGUUGGCAGUGAUGGCGAUAUUGUCAGCAUGCAAAACUUCAAAAUCACCAGAGACAUCAAGAACCUUGAGGGCAUGGCCUUCUUCAACUGGAUGGCCGCUAGAAUAAAGGAAACUUUGUCAUCUAGCCUUAAGCAGGAAAACGCUAUGGAUAAACCCAUUCCUGUGGCCCUUGCUUGGAGUUUCCCCAUCGAACAAACCUCGCUCGGCGGCGGCAAAUUUGGCAGAAUGGGCAAGGGAUUUCUUGCUGACGUUGGUCUAUUGGGACAAGAUUUGGGCGACAUUAUCAAAAAGGCGAGCGAGAACGAGGGGCUCAACGUCGAGCUGCAGGCCAUCCUCAACGACUCAAGCGCAUGCCUACUCUCCCGCGCCUACUCUCACCCUUCAACUCGAUUCGGACUGAUUCUUGGAACUGGCGUCAACAUUGCUGCCUACAUGCCUGUUUCUACCCUUGGUCGUGCCAAGUUUGGUGUUCGCCCAGCCGGCUGGUUCGAAGAGGCCAGCCACGUCAUUGUCAACACCGAGCUAGGCAUGUUUGGCACCGACAUUCUUCCCUUGACUCGAUGGGAUAAGAUUCUUCUCAAGGAUCACCCCCGGCCCGACUUCCAACCUCUCGAAUACCUGGUCAGCGGCAUGUAUCUUGGUGAGAUUGUCCGUAUUGCCAUUGUCGAGGCAGUUGCCUCGGCAGGGCUUCUCGGCGGCGUUCUCCCAGAGUCACUUACCACGAAUUACACUCUGGGGACCGACACCAUCUCUAUGAUUGCAAGUGAUACGACAUCAGAACUCACCGAGGCCAUCAACCUCUUUUCCGAGCGCCACCCCUCCACCCAUACCCCUACCACAUCUGACAUGGCCGCCAUCAAGGCGCUUGCUACCUUCGUGUCCGUCCGUUCCAGCGCUCUCGUUGCCACCUGCCUCUACACCUUGUGGGAGGUUCGUCUCGAGGGCGAGAAAGACUUUGUCAAGACGCUCCCCCAAGACUCGCUCCUGCGCAAGCGGGUCGAGGACGACAUUGAGCUCGAGAAGACCACCGUCUCGUUCAACGGGAGCGUCAUUGAAAACUUCCCCGGCUACCUCGAGAGCUGCCAGCGAUACAUCACCGAGCUGCUCCAGAGCAAGGGCCACGCCAAGACGCGAAGCAUCGAGCUCGUCAUCGCCAAGGAGAGCUCGCUGAUUGGAGCGGCCGUGGCUUUAGCAUGCAUCAACCCAGAGGCAUAA